GGGCGGGAGCGGCGGGCCGGGCGCGGGAAGCGCCGGGAGAGGCGGCGGGCGCUUACCAGGGAAGAUCAAGAUGAGUCUACGGAAGCAAACCCCCAGUGACUUCCUAAAACAAAUCAUUGGAAGGCCAGUUGUUGUAAAAUUAAAUUCUGGAGUUGAUUAUCGAGGUGUCCUGGCUUGCCUGGAUGGAUAUAUGAACAUAGCUCUGGAGCAGACUGAGGAAUAUGUAAAUGGACAGUUAAAGAACAAGUACGGGGAUGCGUUUAUCCGAGGAAAUAAUGUGUUGUACAUAAGCACCCAGAAGAGGAGGAUGUGAAGAUGCCAGAAGGAGGCUGGGUUUUUUGUACUUGUGAGCCUCUUUGAAGUGAUGAGCCCUAUUUGAUUUGUAGUUCAAAAAUCCACAGGUGAAAUAGACAAGUGUUUAAAUAUUUUUUUUAAAUAAAUGUAAAUGUGAGUGUAAACUGCCUGAAUGGUUUUGUUUCAAAGCAUUGCUUUGUUCCACUGUACAAAAGAAAAAUAAAAAGGAAGCUUGUAAUAGUGCUGCAAGACUAA